AUGUCUUUUUUUCUUGCGUUAUUUCCCCUAGUCUUUUCUGAUGAAUCUCCAUACGUUCUAGAGCACGGGUCUGGUGUUUUUACUAUGACGUUCUGGUCUACUGAAGUCGUUUACCUGAAUCUAUGUUAUGUACAAUGGCCAUCAUUUCCUAGAUCUUUUUCUAAGCCAUCCUGUGUUUUUCAUCCUCAUCCAUACAACUUUACUAUUCAUCCGGAAUAUGCCACAAAGAUAGGAAGGCCACUUAGGAACAUUCAAUCGGACUACAUUACCGUCAGCAUCAACGUUACUGAUCAAAGAGGAGGCUAUCAUGGUCACAUUCUUGAGACAAUAAUGGUAGACGGUUCCACUCCUAGUCGCACUGUUUCAACAUAUACGGACGUAUUAAGCGUAGAUUUCGAAGUGAGAUGCAAUGAAAAUUUUUUCGGACCCCGCUGUGGACGAUUCUGUAAACCGUCUUCGGCCGAGAACUUUCGUUAUGGCUGCACCCAUACUGGCAAGAAGGUUUGCGUGUCUGGUUGGACGGGAACCAAUUGCAGUGGUAUGUCUGAUGAAAAUCGUAUUAUUUCUCGCUUCGGGAGAUCAAACGGAAGUGCUGACUUGUCGAAACUUCAAGAACCAAAUAGCAAAGAAUGUCUCCCUCUUUUCACUGCCGCAGCCUUCAUAACUAUGUUCAUUAGCUGUGCAUUGUAUUUAAUCAGCUCCCAGCGACGUCUUAACGUAAUAAUAGUUCAUAUGGAUCGAUGGAGCCAUAUAGUACUUCCGGCAGCAUUUCUGUUGCUUACCAGUGCUACCUUCCAGGACUACGAUGAGCCCUGUCACCCUUACGCUUGUGAAUUUGGGGAUUGCAUUCCAGAGGGCUCUUCGUUUCGAUGUGAAUGUCGAAAGGACCAUGUUGGCGAGACAUGCAACAUUUGGCGCUCACCGCUUGUUAACUGCGAUGUCGACGGUCCUCUCACAUGCUUCAACAAUGGAAUCUGCAAUACAACCAAAAACAGUUUUACAUGUGUUUGUUCUCCAAAUUUUACAGGAUUCUUCUGUGAAGAAGAUGUAAACGAGUGCAAAGCUUCUCCUUGUCAAAAUGGUGGUACAUGCGUCAAUCGACCAGGAUCUUUCUUUUGCAUGUGUCCGCUUGGAUUCAAAGGGGAGAUCUGUGAUGAACCUGUUGAAAUCUGCUCCAGAGAUGCUUGUGAAAAUGGUGGUACUUGCAUUGACAGUAAAGACGGUUACGUGUGCCACUGUCCUUUGGGUGUCAUGGGGCGACGAUGUGAACGAGAUGAAAGAGUGUUUAAAACCUCAAAUAACGAUUCGACAAGGGAAAAUCCUGUGACAUGUGCUGACUGUCCUUCGAAAAUUGUCAAUGGUAAGUGCGAAGGUGAAUGUAACGUGCCAGAGUGCGGCGGCGAUGAUGGUGAUUGUCUCAACAAGAAUCUAUUCGGCGAAUGUCCUCACUCCAGUUUCUGUGCUUUGGCAUUUCGAAAUGGUAUUUGUGAUGAGAUUUGCGACACUGAAGCUUGCCUCUUCGAUGGUUUUGACUGCAUGCCGAAAAUACCCGUUUGCCCUGAAGCCAUAUCAACUUACUGUAGCGAGCACAGAGCUGACGGCAUCUGCGAUGAGAAAUGCAAUCAAGAAGGCUGCGACUUUGAUGGUGGUGAUUGUCAAGGAGUCCCGAAUAAGAUUUUAUCUGGCGAGCUAUCAGUUGUCGUGCUAACGGAACCAUCUUAUUUUGUUGCGAAUGUUGCGGGAUUUCUUCGCUCUAUGAGCAGGACAUUAAGAGCUGAUGUUCAAAUAAAAAAUGAUCAGAAAGGACCGAAAAUUUUUUUCUGGAAUGAAGGGAAAGUGGGUGAUCGGGUCAAAAUAGAACCGAAAGGCAUUGCUACGCGAACUCCUAAGAAGGGUAAACGUGGAGUGAUAGUGUGGAUUGAAGUAGAUGUCGCUGCCUGUGUCAAUGAGUGUUUUAGUGAUGUUGAAGUUGUAGCAAGUUUCAUUGAAGCCUCACGAGAGAGACUCAGCGGUAUGAACAUGUCUAUCUACUCUGCGGAUGCGAAGAGAACUAGAAAAGUAAAGACGGAAUUGAAUAUUUCCCUACUUGUAUUGUUAGCCUGCGUCAUGAUAAUGAUCAUCAUCGCCGUUCUGUUUGUGCUCCAUGAAAAAACAAGCCGGAAAAGGAAAAUAAUCGAGAAUGCACCAGUCUGGAUCCCUCCCACUGAGUUGGAAAAUGACAAGAAUGUCGGUUACAACGGAGGAAACUGGCAACAUAGAGUGGUCCUCGAGGCUGCUAAACGAAGACGAGUAGACCUUUCGCAAAUAAAGUUGCUGGAAGAACAGUUGAAUCACAAAGGGCAGACGAUACCGAGAGUGUUUGUGCUGCCGAAACAGAAGAAGAUUGAACCGCUUCCAUCACGAUUAUAUAUAGAAGCUGCUUCAUCUAACCCGAUUUCCACUCCUGUGGCGGCUGAAGACAUCAACCAACGGGGUCCAAAUGGACGAACACCAGUUAUGGUGCUAGUGAGAAACACCAUCAAAACAGAAAAUCAAGUAAUUGAGGAUUUGACGAAGCUGCGCACAGCAGGGGCAGACCUGAAUCUUUGGGAUGACAGUGACGAUACUGCUUUGCACGUGGCUGUUUCAUCGGGCAGAUUAGCUCUAGUUCGCAAGCUCCUUCAGCUUGGAGCUUCGCCAAUUAUCAGAGAUCAUAAAAAUUCUACCUGCUUACAUCUAGCCGCACGGAUUUGCGCGCUCGACAUAACAAAGGCUCUUUUAGAGGUAGAAGAAAUGAAAGUAGAGGUUGAUGCAGUAGACGACGAAAACCGAACGGCUCUGAUGUUAGUUGCUAUGCACGACCGUAUGGAUGUGAAGAUUGCCGAACUGCUGUGCGAUGCUGGGGCUAAAGUGAACUAUGAUGGAGAUAAUAAGCUGAGUACUUGGACAGGACGAACAGCCCUCCACUUUGCUGCUAAAUACGAUAAUGCCCAAAUGGUAGCGUUUUUACUGGGACGAAAUGCCAACAAAGACUGUCAAGACCACGAGUGUUGUACGCCUCUUCAUCUGGCUGCAUCUGAAGGUCAUGAGGGACCAGUUAAGGAGUUAAUACGAGCAGGUGCAAGUGUGAUGCUGAGGAAUGAUAAGUCUCAAACACCGUAUGACACAGCUCUUGUGAACAAUCGAGUGGGUGUAAUUGGACUACUAGCCUCGGGAGACAACCUGCGUGUCCAGCUUUAUUCGAACAAUGGAGAGAUAUUUGCUAGUUCAACUCCACCUGGAUUGAAAUGUGCGAAAUUACUCAUGGCUAGGCAUGCACGGAAUGGACGAGUUCAUGCAGUCCCAUCAUCUCAUGUUUCGCCUAGAUCUACUCACUCGACACCGACACGACAUUCGCAUAAUGCACCCUCUUCCUGCAGUGAUCCUGUCACUCCACGCUCUGCGGGAUCGGCAUUUCCGUCACCGCAGUACUUAAACCUAAUGGAAAGAUCCAUGGAAGGUUCGUACAAAACAACAGGACAAGAUCGAAGCGUAAUGUUCUCUGCUUCUGAAACGAAAGCUUCGGAGGUUUUAGUGGGAUCACCACAUAGCAGCACCUACGGAUAUUUUCCACAGAUGGAGAAGCAGAUUUCGAUUCAUUCUGGAUACGUAGACUCUGGGUUUGAAACCUUCACAGAGGGCAGCUCGUACAAUUACAGUCCCCAGUGGUCGACUUCGAAUAACCCGAUCAAUCUAAGUACCCUUUCCCCACGUGAGCGGUUUGUAUGCCCUGAAGGUUAUAUUGUGUGA